UGUUGUACUUGUCAUUCAGACAUCCCAGGAAUUCAACACGAUUAGGGAAAAGUCAGCGCGGCACGGCAAGGACAUUUUAAGUUAAAAUCAAGUACUUGUCACCCAGGGAGGUCAAGGAAAUAUCGUUUGUUGUCAGAAUAGGAAAGGUGUCGAGGAACGUGCCAGCUACAGACACUGCAGCAUGCAGAUGUGAGGGCAGACAUCAGAGACCCCUGUUAUCCUUUGCUGCAAACCUGGACUGCGUGACAUCUUCUUGAUCCCCUUUAUUGUCAUCAUACAUGCUCUUACAUGAAGAGAGGGGAGAAACCCGAAGGAUACAGACAGAUAAGACCCAAAACGUUUCCUACCAGUAACUACAGCGGCAACAGCCAACAAAUGCUGCAGGAAAUACGGAACAGUCUGCGCAACUUGUCCAAACCCUCUGACCCACCUAAAGUGGACAUUGGUGGAGCUGGAAAAAUGCUUCCAGAGGACCCAAGGCAACAGGGGCGCUGCAGCAACCCCAAAAACCCACACCAUAAGGCCUUGCAGGAGAUCCGCAAAUCCUUGAUGCCUUUUGCCAAUGAGCUCAGUACUUCAGGCUCUGAGGUGAACAAACACAUGUCACUGGAACCUCCGUUUGUUAUGUUUGAGGAGAGCAACAGUCGCAGUGUGGGGGCAGACUACAUGGGUAAGGUGAGCUACCAGGACUCGAUGAGAGAACAGAUGGCUGUUGCCAACUCCAACACUACAGGUCUUAAAGCCCCAGGAGCUUCUCAUAUCCAGCAGGCUGUACUGAGGAGGCCAAGCUGGAAAGGUUCUAAGGAGUCCUUGGCUCCUCGACAUGGUCCUAUCAUGGUGGAUGGAAUUAUGUACCGCUCAGACAGCCCUGGACCACCUCCUGCUUUCCCACAGGGUCACCCUGCUAACAGCCAGAGAGUCAAUCCUCCACUGCCACCUCAGGUGCGCAGUGUCACACCUCCACCAAACCGUGGUGCCAUGCCUCCUGCACCAUCCUGGGACAGCAACCCAUCAAUCAAGCGCUACUCAGGCAACAUGGAUUACCUUGUGCCUCGCAUCUCUCCGGUACCUCAGGGUGCUUGGCCUGAUGGGUACCAAGCUACAGCACCUCAGAAUCAGCGUGGGAUCAGCCCAGUGCCAAUGGGCCACCAGCCCAUCAUAAUGCAAAGCUCUGGAGGAAAUAAGUUCACCUUCCCCUCCAGCUGGUCUCAGAGUGGCUCCCCUCAAUCAGACUACAUGGCGGGGGGCAGCAGACAGCCUCCUCCCCCGUACCCAGUCAACCAGAGCAGUCGGCACAGUCCCACUGACCAGAUGCAGGCAGGAGGACCUGCAUCGUCUCCUUCAUACGUAAACGGUGGAAACAUCCCUCAGUCCAUGAUGGUUUCCAACCGGAACAGUCACAACCUUGACAUGUACAACAUAGGUCCUCCUCAGUCCUGGUCCCAGGCUCCUCUGGCGCCCAACCAGUCCCAGUCUUCCUCUGGCAACAGCAGCAACCAGGAUCUGUCCCCAUCCUGGCAGCAUAACAUGCCGGUCCGCUCUAAUUCCUUCAACAACCACCAGCUGAACGGCAGACCAGCCCACCCGGCCAGCUCCCAGCCGUCUGCCACCACAGUCACUGCCAUCACCCAGGCUCCCAUCCUGCAACCAGUCAAAAGCAUGCGUGUCCAGAAACCUGAGUUACACACGGCUGUCGCGCCCACACACCCUCCAUGGAUGCAGCAGGCUCCACCACCUCCAGCUGCACCCGCUUACCAAGAACCUCCAGCCCCUGUACCUCAGAUCCCUGUUGUAGCAGAAGUUCCAAGCUACCAGGGCCCCCCUCCGCCAUAUCCUAAGCAUCUUCUCCAGCAGCAGGCUGCACCCUGCCCCCCUGCCUAUGACCCAGGUGCCAAUAAGCUUGGCACAGGCAGAGAGGAGACCACCGAAGAGGAGAGCAGCGGUGGUGAUGGCACCCGAGACAAGAUGACAGAAACUCCAGAAAUGACCACAGCGACAGAGAAGGAGAAGAAGCAAAUCACGACAUCCCCUGUUCCUGUCCGCCGGAACAAGAGAGACGAAGAGCGGCGAGGGGAGUCUGGAAGAGUCGCACUGUACUCCCCCCAGGCCUUCAAGUUCUUCAUGGAGCAACAUGUGGAGAAUAUCCUAAAGAACCAUCAGCAGAGGAUUCGGAGGAGGAAGCAACUGGAAAGUGAGAUGCAAAGGGUGGGUUUGUCUUCAGAAGCUCAGGAGCAGAUGCGUAUGAUGCUCUGCCAGAAGGAGUCCAACUACAUCCGCCUGAAGCGGGCCAAAAUGGAUAAAUCCAUGUUCAAACGAAUCAAGACCCUCGGCAUCGGAGCCUUCGGUGAGGUGUGCUUGGCCAGAAAAGAGGACACGGGGGCGCUGUACGCCAUGAAAACACUCCGUAAGAAGGAUGUGCUACUGAGAAACCAGGUGGCCCACGUCAAGGCGGAGAGGGACAUCCUGGCUGAGGCUGACAACGAGUGGGUUGUACGGCUCUACUACUCUUUCCAGGACAAGGACAACCUAUACUUUGUCAUGGAGUACAUCCCCGGAGGGGACAUGAUGAGUCUUCUCAUCCGGCUCGGCAUCUUCAAAGAAGAGCUCGCCCAGUUCUACAUCGCUGAACUCACCUGUGCUGUGGAGAGCGUCCACAAGAUGGGCUUCAUCCACCGAGACAUCAAGCCCGAUAACAUCCUCAUAGACCGAGACGGACACAUAAAGCUGACCGACUUCGGCCUUUGCACCGGCUUUCGCUGGACACACGACUCCAAGUAUUACCAGAGUGGUGACCACGUGAGGCAGGACAGCAUGGACUUCAGUAAGGAAUGGGAAGAUCCAGCCAACUGCCGCUGUACAGACCGCCUGAAGCCUCUGGAGAGGAGAAAGGCCCGGCAGCACCAGCGCUGUUUGGCACAUUCGCUGGUGGGGACGCCCAACUACAUCGCGCCAGAAGUGCUGCUCCGAACAGGAUACACCCAGCUCUGUGAUUGGUGGAGUGUUGGUGUGAUCCUGUAUGAAAUGGUUGUCGGACAGCCUCCCUUCUUAGCGACCACACCCCUGGAGACACAGCUGAAGGUGAUAAACUGGAAGAGCAUGCUGCACAUUCCGCCGUCGGCUAAGCUCAGCCCCGAGGCGUCGGACCUCAUCGUUAAACUGUGCCGGGGCCCAGAGGACCGCCUCGGCAAGAACGGCGCCGACGAAAUCAAGGCUCACCCUUUCUUCAAGACCAUCGACUUCUCCAGCGACCAGCGGCAGCAGGUGGCGCCCUACAUCCCCACCAUCGCUCACUCCACGGACACCUCCAACUUCGACCCCGUGGACCCGGAUAAGCUGUGGAGCAGCGACAGCGACGGCGAGGACAACCUCAACGACACCCUCAACCUCUGGUUCCGCAACGGCAAGCACCCCGAACACGCCUUCUACGAGUUCACCUUCCGCCGCUUCUUCGACGACAACGGCCACCCGUACAGCUGCCCCAAACCCAUCGAAUAUGAGGGCUACAACGGGGAUGAGGCGGACUCAGAGGGCCCGGUGCAGGAGGCAGGAGGCAGCUCAGCAACUCAGGGCCGAGACCUGGUCUACGUGUAGCUUCUGAGGCCAGUUGAGCUGCUUGUACAUAGCGAGUUUGUGAAGUGUGUGUGCGUGUGUGUGUGUGUGUGUGUGUGAAGGGGAUUGCACCGGUGCAGCAUUGAAGUCCUUGAACACAGGAAGGUAUGUUUUUAGGAGCAGUCGGAACGCUCUGCAGCACGCGCUCACAUUAACAAACUUUGAUUACGAAACCAGACGUUCACACAGGAAUAGUUCACCAUUUUUGGAAAUUACUUUCAUUCACUUUGUUGCAGAAAAAUUAGGCGAAGAGAUCGAGAGACUGUUUUCAUUUUCUAUAGUAAAUAUGAAGCUACUGUUUGCUCCAGCUUCAUAUUUACCUUCCAGAUAUGAGAGGGGCAUCAACUUCCUUCCUUGCCUGGAAAUCUUCACAGGAACAGAAAGCAGAAAAGAAAUCAGAGUGCUCUGUUCACGACUUAUCGCAAAUCCCCUUAAAGCCUUAAUUUAUUUAAUAAAUCGUAACUGGUGAUGCUAGUGUAGAUGCUGUUUGAGUGUGGGAAUUCUUGUUGGAAUUACAUUUAUUGGUAAAAAUCGUCUUAAUUUAUAUUUUAAUGUUGCAAUGGGGAUUUAGUGUUGUGAUUCAUAGAAAUUUGCAGGGAUAAAUUGCUCUAAUUAUUCAUUGCUGUGCCUUUUUUUUAAUCUUUUUUGUUACCUUUCACCAAAUAUAAAGAGGGUUAAUAAUCAGACUGGCAUUUUAAAAUGAGAGUAGCAGUAGCUGAUUGAACUACAGUAGGCUUGUGUUGUUUUAUUUUUCUAAUUUAUACCUAAAGUGUAUUUAUAAAUUAAGUUGUAUACAGUUGAUGUAAAUAUUUUUCUCUUCCCUGUCAGCUGAUUUUGUUUCUUAGGGCAGGCCCUCAUCAGUGUCCACCGCUGCUGCCUUCUGUCAACAUGUCGAGUGCUUUUCUGUCUCUCUUACACCCAAAAUAACACUAAUUCACUCUGGAUGGAUUUUAAUUCUUUUUGUGUAACUAAACUGUCAUUCAGACUUCAUGCCCGUCGCUCAACCAAAGCACUAAAUAGGUGGGUGUCGACAUUUCUUCUGCAACAGCCCACAUUUAGAAAAUAACGAUCACAAGACGGUGAAAUUAGUUUUUUGUGGCGUUCCUGCACCAUCAGCCAGCUUUUAGGCACCCGACCACUUCAUACUAUAGUUCUCCACAUUGUGUCCGAGGAGCUGGGAGAGACUUGAAAGCUUAAAACCCAGCUGCUUCAAAAUAAUUCUCUUAUUUCGCAUCUUUGAGAAACACCACAGCGGCCGCUGUGCUGAUUGAAAAGAGAAACUGGAUUGACGGACUGACGGUGGAGAGAACCGCUCUUCAUCGCGUAUCAUGAUGAUUCUGUAACCCGCUGUACUUUUCUUCGUGUUUAGGAAAAGAUCUCUGAAUGUAGUUCUGGACUUCGUGGUGACCACUGGCACUCUGCACUGGUUUUGUGUUUUCAUUGUAAGUGAGAGAAUUUUAUUUUUGUGUACGUUGGGAGGUUGGGUACAGGGAAGAGGGUGAUAAAUAAAGAAUGUAAAGAACAAAAUGUUUUACAUGCACACCAACUGUGUUGUAUUGUUAUUAGUAUCAUCGAUUAGUAACAGAUUACUGGACGGGUGAUUUAGAUCAGGGCUGCAGCUAGCAUUUAUUUUUAUUACCAAUUGACAGUGAUAUUUAUAAAAUAUCACAAUUAACUGAAGCCCAGGGUGACAACUUUAAAUGUUUUGUUCAAACAACAGUCCAAACUCAGAUACUCAGUUUACUAUCAUGCAUUAACUAUUGUGAUUACAGUAUUGUUUUACUAGUUGUUGUUGCAAAAAUCUAUUUGGAAACCCAUCAAAAAUGUUGUUUUGCUAGUUUUGUGCCACACAACUACAAUUCAUCACACUAAUUGAAUCUUGUAAUUGCUCCAGGAAGUGCUGAUAUAUCAGCAUGGUUAGAAGCUUUGGUCUUUAAUGAUCUUUGAUGCAGAGAUGCCAUGGUGUAACAGGGAAAUGUCUAAACUUAAUAAACCUUUCAGUACACUGCGAAAAGGUACAUUUGCAUUAAAUGGAUACAAUAGAAGGUUUAAGGAGUUUUCAAGUAAACAAGCGGUAUUGGUUAAAGGACUUUCUGUUUUGUCUUGCAGAAAAGAAAAUACAUUAAACUUUGGUGAUCUGCAGUUAAAGUUUCCAUACAGAUAAAAGCUUGUGCUCAACAUGAGACUAUGUGAACAGGAAAUAAUGGCCUAAUAUGGUCAGGUUUUGACAGCAGGCUUGGUCAGGCAGAUUUAAGAAGCAUGCUGGUGUGAUGAUUUUAAGGGUGCAGCCACCAGAGGGCACCAGACAAAGACUAGUUACCAUCAUUUAAAAGGCAGCAGAGAUGUAAUUUCAACCAAUAGCAACUUUCCAGCUGUCUGCCUAAAAUAAGAGGAAAGAUAUUAGAUCAGUAUGAAAAUUUCACGCGUUCAGUUUUACUCAAACACAAGACAAUUAGAUGUUUAA